GGAACGUCGGAGAGCGACUCCGAGGACUACAAUUUGUGAAGGCGAAGAAUAGCUUCAUUCCGCCCAUCAACAUUACCAGGAAGAGUGGGAUUAAAGAUUAAUGCCCCACACACAGAAGACGCAGAAAGAGCGAAGUGCACCAUACAAAGCAACAACAACAAGUUCAGUUGUAAUAAAAGAGGAUACAUCAGCAAUGAAUCCAGGCGAGCAGCAACCACUUCAGAUGACAGGAUCGCAAAUUUUGAAGGAAGCUUCAAGAAUCAUGGACUUUGACGGCAGAGAUUUAUCAUCAUUCAUCAGGGAAGUUGACAUGAUCCUUCCUUUAUUCAACCCCAACCCAUCAAUGUUGGAAUUUGUAACGCAGCGACACGUCAAAACAAAAAUUAAAGGAGAAGCAGCAAGUGUCAUCCGGCCUUUGGGACCUACACCAACAUGGCAGCAAAUGAGAGAAGAACUCAUAAAGAAUUUUGGAGUAAAGGAGUCGUACCACACCCUUUACAAUCAGGCGAUUGUACUACGAAACUAUAACGUCAAAUACAUCUUCAAAAUAACAUUGAUGAUAGCAAUUGUAAUAAUUAGCAAUGCAGCCAAACUGGAAGUACAUGAAAUACAUACCGACAAUGGAUACGCAGAAAUUAUCACCAACACUAAACAGAUUGUUACAUCAUCUGACCUCGUAAUUCACAUAAUUGACCCUCGCGAAAUUCUUUACAUACUAAAUAUAGGGUGAUUUUUUAAAAGCUUGAUAACUUUUUUUAAAAAAAAACGCAUAAAAUUUGCAAAAUCUCAUCGGUUCUUUAUUUGAAACGUUAGAUUGGUUCAUGACAUUUACUUUUUGAAGAUAAUUUCAUUUAAAUGUUGACCGCGGCUGCGUCUU